CAAUGCAAUAUAUUAUUGACACUUGCUUUCCUUGAAAUGUCUGCUAUUCGGUUCGCACAUUCUUAUGCGAUUUAGCAGGUAAGCUCAGUGUAUUACCAGACCGUCUUUUGAUUCUGAAGUAAAUGCAUUAUCACAUCGACGCCGGCAGCAGCUUAACUGUACACCACAUUUAUUGCAAGUUCCAUUGUUUAGCUCCGUUCUAAAAGCAGGAUGUUCUGUUUGUGUUAGAAACCGAAGAUCCCACAAGGUUAUCGUGAACAAUGAUAAGAAGACUGGGCUCUGUGCAGGCUGGGAGCAGCCCGGUUCUGUACCAGGGCUCGGCUCAGGCGCUGUGCCUGCUCGAUACGGCCACGGAGCUGCUGAUGGUCCGACGAGAUUUCCGCGCUGCUCUUGAGACCUGCGAGAGAGGGCUGGAGAGUGUCGCCGGCUUCCCGGAACAAGAGGACCUCUGUAGUAGUUUCAGAUAUGGAGAGGUCAAGGCAGCACUUUGCAUCAUUGGAAUCCAAGCACUGGCAGAACUAAACAAGUGGAGAGUGGUCCUUGAGUGGGUCCUUCAGUACUACGGGGCUCCUGAGAAAAUGUCUGCAAAAAUCAUGCAGAUGUGUAUCCUCCUAUACACCAAAGUGGAAGAGUCAAGUAUAAUCUUGGAAUCAGGAGGUGAUUGGCUAAAGAGCCCAGCCAAUCAGAGCUUGCCAGGCUUUGGCACGGUAGCAGAGCUCUACCUCCUCCAUGUCCUGAUCCCAUUGGGUAGGUUCACAGAGGCGGAGUCCCUGGCUGGAAACAGCGCUGCUUUCAGCGAGGAGCAAAGACAUCUUGCUCUGGAGAUCGUUGAGUGCAAGAGAGAGGAGAGCAGACCCAAGAGCCCUCCAGAAUCUAGUCAGGGAGAGGACUCCACAAACAGUACAGAUCCAAAUCCUGUUACUCAAAGGUUUCAGGUCAUGGUGAGAUUAUUGCAUAGAAGUGUGCUGGUGGUAAGAAAAGGCCUCUAUUCCUUUCCAUUCCAGAAGGUGGCACUAGCGGCUGUUUUGCUGUACCUGCUGUUAUUAAGAACGGACCCCACUCUUCCUUCAGCGUUUCCCUGGAUCUCCAGCCUGCUGCAGAUGUUUAGACAGAUGUGGGAUGCCAUGUUUGCACCAUACUACAGAGCCAAUAUCAGUCACUGAGCUACCUAUGUUGUACAUUAGUCACGAAAGUAUUUGUUCAGGUGUCUUUUUCAAUAAAGUAAAUAAAUUUGUACUUUAAUAAAUGCA